AUGACCUGCGGGUUUUCUAGGCGGGUGAUCAGGAAGGAAGCGCAUGCUUCUUCGGUGAAGGGCUUCGAGACAGAAGGAUCAAGAGAGGCUGUGCGGUUCUACAUGAAUGCCGAGAAGAAGGCGUUGGAAGCGACUGAGCGCGAGAAGAAGAUGAUGGAAAUCCUGCGUGCAGACGAGAAGAGCCGGCAGGAGUCUGAAACCAAGAUGCUGAACCGUUCGCUAGGGAUCAAGAUGCAGGAGUUCGAAGAGGAGUGGCUUCACAAGCGGAAGGAGAUGGAGACUCACUGUGCAAGCCUGCUGGAGGCUGUCAAUGAGAAGGCUGAAGCGCAGCGUCAUCACUUCGAGGAGCACGUGGCGGCGGAGAGGAUCCCUCCUGUGAAGUUCUCCCCUCUCAUACGAGACAUGAUCAAACAGGGGAAGAAACUCGCGCAGGCUGAGAUGUACAAUGAUGUGCUGCUGCUACACAAGAGAGUCGAGGCUGGAAAAAUGCAGGAGGAGGAAAGUUGGAAGAAAAGUAUUCUUGACAAGCAGGAAGUGAGACGCAAACAACUCGAGCAAAAAAUCGCCCAGGAGAAACGGAAUGUAGACGAGAAGAUUACUGGCAUUCGAUCGACCUUCGAGAAGUCCUACGUCAACGCCAAGGACGUUUUGAUGCAGAACUUGAAGAAUUUGUCGACCGACAUGGAACGAGCAUUCGCAAGGGAGUGGGUUGCCCGACCGGAGCUGGCGAUCAGCGCCAAGGCGCUGGGAGGACAGAAGUACGACAUCCCAUCCCUCACCAAGUUGCACUUUGACGACGAUGAGCUGACGGGAACAGCCGAUGACGCGAGAGCAAUCUACAAGUAUGAUGUGCACAGGAUGGCAAAGCUAGGAAGACCCGGACGGCAAGAGACUCCGAAGAAGGAGCACAAGGAGGAGGAGGAGACGGCGGGCAAGGGUGGAGAGGAGGAGAGGAGGCACGAUGUUCAGACGAAGAUCGUCACCUCGGUCGAGGAGCUGACUGAAUGA